CUUCAUCAUCACUCCCCGCAGGCUUCGUCGACGUCAUCGUCGCAAGUUUCCUUUUCCCCCUCUGCCAAAUCUUCCCAUGUUCAAGCUUAGCUCAAGCUUAGCAAGUCUUUUCUUCUUUUUCUGUUUCUUUUCUCUAUCUCUUUUCCUUUCCUUUCUUGCGAUCCCUGACUACAUCUCAAGGCAGCUGGCUCAAUUACUAUACUUACGCACAGAUAAUACAUAUAUAUAUAUAUAUAUUUAUUCCUAUUCCAUAUUCUCUUCCUUGUUCGAUCCAUCUCGCCAGAUAAGUUACCUCCCCCCGUAUCUACGCCCCUGCUAGGAUCUUCGCAUCGCACGGUGACAAUGACAAUUGAUUGAGUCGAAUAGCUAAAGGACACUC